CAUUUGAUCUGCGCCCUACCGUUGUCUACAACCCCAACCGAUUUACUCGACAGCUGCCUCCCAGACCGAGUUGUACGUUAAAAUUGGCGGAAUUACCUUUAACAAUAAAGAAUAAAGCUCUUUCGUUCAUCAGUCAGUAAUAUCCAGUACUUUCACUGUUCCCGCAAGUGUUGAGCAAGAAUAGCGAAGGUUGGGUCGCACCUGAAUCGGCGUUUGUCAUGUGCUCUGGAGUAACACAGUUCAGUAGUUUCGUGAGGCAGAUCAAGUGAUAGUGAACACAGUGAGCAGUUUGAAUUUGAGCGCGGUUGGUGGUUGUGGAUUUUACCAUUAAUUUUUUCGACCCACAAUGGGGCCUUUCUUGGUUUUACUUGGCCUUAUGUGCCUUCAAGCUUCCGCAGAUCUGGACGUGAAGUUCCAGUGGAAUCAACUGGACUUCGAAUUCCCUUCGGAAAAUCACAAGAAAUUUGCCGUGGAGCAUGAGGAUUUCAUACAAGAAAACAAUCUACCGUUGGGCUUGGAAGUGUAUGAAAAUAAAUUAUUCAUCACUGUGCCAAGAUGGAAAUCGGGGGUGGCUGCGUCCUUGGCAUACGUAGAUAUAACAGAUUCCAGAAGAUCACCUAAAUUGCGCCCCUAUCCAAACUGGCCAGCCCACAACAUCAGAGGUAAUUCCGUCCCGGAAAUAGUUUCACCCUUCAGAAUAAAGGCGGAUCAAUGCGACAGACUCUGGGUACUGGACACAGGAAACGCAGACCUUCUGGGAGACACCAAAAUCCUGGCACCACCAAGGAUAACCGUCUACAACCUCAAGAAUGACUCUCUGAUCAGACAGUACGUGAUUCCUAAGGACCAACUGAAAGAAGACAGCUUUCUUGCAAACAUAGUUGUUGAAGUGGUUAAUUGCGAAGAUUCUUUCGCUUACAUUGGUGAUCUUGGUAAAGGAGCCCUGAUUGUUUACUCCUGGAAAAACAACACCUCUUGGAAGAUAACCCAUAACUACUUCAGUAUCGAUCCUUCGGCUGGGGAUUUGAACGUAUCUGGUAUUGCUUUGAACUGGAAUGAUGCCAUUUUUGGUCUAGCUCUCACGCCACCAAACGAUAACGGAUUUAGUACCCUCUACUUCCACCCUCUGGUCAGUCUAAAUGAAUUUUCCGUGAGCACCGAGAUCCUUCGUGAUCCAGAAUUAGCAAGGAACAGUUACCACAACUUCACAAACCUAGGUAGUAGAGGACCAAGAGGGCAGAGCACCGCUUCAUUCUACCACUCGAAAACUGGUGUUCUCUUCUACGGUUUGAUCAACUUGAAUGCCAUCGAUUGUUGGAGUACAACCAAGCCAUACACCAAGGAAUAUCAAGGAAGGAUAUACCAAAAUGAUGUCACGAUGGUCUUCCCUAACGAUGUUAAGGUGGACCAGAACGAUAACUUGUGGGUUCUUUCGGAUAGACUACCAACAUUUAUGUACAGAAAGUUGGAUCCUCUUGAUGUCAAUUUCAGAAUCCUCACAGCACCAGUUUCAGAGGCCAUCAAAGGAUCAGUUUGCGAAACUGAAAGAUCUAUCGUUAUGGAUAGGUUCAAACCAAAUGCCGUUGAGAAAAACGUUGAAACUACAACACAAAAUGACCUCCCAGGUUCUUCGUCAACUUUCCAUAUGUCCCUUAUAUUGUUAUUUAUAACCCUAGUGUUAUCGAUUGGGGUGUAGUAUAUUAUUUGGUUAUUUAUUGUAAAUAAUUUAGCUUUAAGUGUAAUAUAGCCACAAAUGUAAUUGUAAAAUUGUUGUACAAGUAUUAUAGCUCAUUUUAUAUGAAAAUCGAUUGGUUUCUAGUAUAAAACAUUCUUCCAAUGUCCACCGUAAGUUUAUUCCACUUUUUCAGUAUACAGGUUUUGUACUUUUAUAUCACCAAAUGUUACUAGUAUAGAAUAUUCAUUCCAUAUCAAUAUGUCAUGGUUUAGAGUUAUUUGUGAUAUGUGAUAUUAUUCAUUUUUUCAACUUUUAUAGUGAAGAACAUUUAUUUAUUUGAUAUAUAGAUCAUAAAAGGUGUUGUAACAAACAUUCGCUUAUAAAUAUCGGAUAUAAUAAAACUCUCAAAGUAAA